GCGGCUCGGGAGCCCGAGCGGUGGCGGAGCGGCGAGCAGCGAGCAGCGCCUGCGGGAGCGGCCGGUCGGUCGGGUCCCCGCGCCCCGCACGCCCGCACGCCCGGCCGGGCCCGCAUUGAGCAUGGGCGCGGCGGCCGUGCGCUGGCACUUGUACGUGCUGCUGGCCCUGGGCACGCGCGGGCGCCUGGCGGGGGGCAGCGGGCUCCCAGGGUCAGUCGAUGUGGACGAAUGCUCAGAGGGCACGGACGACUGCCACAUCGAUGCCAUCUGUCAGAACACGCCCAAGUCCUACAAAUGCCUCUGCAAGCCAGGCUACAAGGGGGAAGGCAGGCAGUGUGAAGACAUUGAUGAGUGUGAGAAUGACUACUACAAUGGGGGCUGUGUCCACGAGUGCAUCAACAUCCCGGGGAACUACAGGUGCACCUGCUUUGAUGGCUUCAUGCUGGCACACGAUGGACACAACUGCCUGGAUGUGGACGAGUGUCAGGACAAUAAUGGUGGCUGCCAGCAGAUCUGCGUCAACACCAUGGGCAGCUAUGAGUGUCAGUGCCAUAGUGGCUUCUUCCUUAGUGACAACCAGCAUACCUGCAUCCACCGCUCCAACGAGGGUAUGAACUGCAUGAAUAAAGACCAUGGAUGUGCCCACAUCUGCCGGGAGACGCCCAAAGGUGGGGUGGCUUGCGACUGCAGGCCCGGCUUUGACCUUGCCCAAAACCAGAAGGACUGCACACUAACCUGUAACUAUGGAAACGGAGGCUGCCAGCACAGCUGUGAGGACACAGACACGGGCCCCAUGUGUGGCUGCCACCAGAAGUACGCCCUCCAUUCAGACGGUCGCACGUGCAUCGAGAAGGAUGAGGCUGCAAUUGAGCGCUCUCAGUUCAAUGCCACGUCAGUAGCUGAUGUGGACAAGCGGGUGAAACGGCGGCUACUCAUGGAGACGUGUGCGGUCAAUAACGGAGGCUGCGACCGGACUUGCAAGGACACGGCCACUGGCGUGCGAUGUAGCUGCCCUGUUGGAUUCACGCUGCAGCCAGACGGGAAGACAUGCAAAGAUAUCAACGAGUGCCUGGUCAACAACGGGGGCUGCGACCACUUCUGCCGCAACACUGUGGGCAGCUUCGAGUGCAGCUGUCGGAAGGGCUACAAGCUGCUCACGGACGAGCGCACCUGCCAGGACAUCGAUGAGUGCUCCUUCGAGCGGACCUGUGACCACGUCUGCACCAACUCCCCGGGCAGCUUCCAGUGCCUGUGUCACCGCGGCUACAUCCUCUACGGGACGACCCACUGCGGAGAUGUGGAUGAGUGCAGCGUGGACAACGGGAGCUGUGGCCAGGGCUGUGUCAAUACCAAGGGCAGCUACGAGUGUUCUUGUCCCCCGGGGAGGCGGCUCCACUGGAACCGGAAGGACUGCAUGGAGACAGGCAGGUGCCUUUCUCGGGCCAAGACCUCCCCGCGGGCCCAGCUUUCCUGCAGCAAAGUGGGCGGUGUGGAGAGCUGCUUCCUUUCCUGCCCGGCCCACACGCUCUUCAUGCCAGAUUCGGAAAACAGCUACAUCCUGAGCUGCGGCGUUCCAGGGCUGCAGGGCAAGGCGCUGCAGAAACGCAACGGCACCAGCUCUGGCCUCGGGCCCAGCUGCUCAGAUGCCCCCACCACCCCCAUCAAACAGAAGGCCCGCUUCAAGAUCCGAGAUGCCAAGUGCCACCUCCAGCCCCACAGGCAGGCACGAGCAAAGGAGACCACCAGGCAGCCGCUGCUGGACCACUGCCACGUGACUUUCGUAACCUUCAAGUGUGACUCCUCCAAGAAGAGGCGCCGUGGCCGCAAGUCCCCAUCCAAGGAGCUGUCCCACAUCACAGCAGAGUUUGAGAUCGAGACCAGGAUGGAAGAGGCCUCAGACACGUGUGAAGCGGACUGCUUGCGGAAGCGAGCGGAACAGAGCUUGCAGGCUGCCAUCAAGACCCUGCGGAAGACCAUCGGCCGGCAACACUUCUACGUCCAGGUCUCAGGCACUGAGUACGAGGUAGCCCAGAGGCCAGCCAAGGCCCUGGAGGGGCAGGGGACGUGCAGCACAGGCCAGGUGCUACAGGACAGCAAAUGCGUUGCCUGCGGGCCUGGCACCCACUUCAGCGGCGAGCUCGGCCAGUGUGUGCCAUGUGUGCCAGGGACAUACCAGGACAGAGAAGGCCAGCUCAGUUGCACACCGUGCCCCAGCAGCGACGGGCUUAGUCUGGCUGGUGCCCGAAACGUGGCGGAAUGCGGAGGCGAGUGUGGACCCACCCCAGAUGGGAAGAGCCUUAAACUCUGUGCCAAGACAGACCUCAAGGGCAUGGGAGGUCCUGGGGACAGAGCUCCCCAGCUCUGGCCUUUCCCUGCACCCCUCCACACCCACCACACCCCACUGUGUCUCCCGGCAGUGCACUGCUCCCCCGGCCACCACUACAACACCACCACCCACCGCUGCGUCCGCUGCCCGGUUGGCACCUACCAGCCAGAGUUUGGCCAGAACCACUGCAUCACCUGUCCAGGCAACACCAGCACGGACUUCGAUGGCUCCACCAACGUCACACACUGCAAAACCUCGCCCACGUCCGUCACCACCUACGAGACCUGCCAGACCUACGAGAGGCCCAUCGCCUUCACCUCCCGCUCCCGGAAGCUCUGGAUCCAGUUCAAAUCCAACGAAGGCAACAGUGGCAAAGGCUUCCAAGUGCCCUACGUGACCUACGAUGAGGACUACCAGCAACUCAUAGAGGACAUCGUGCGCGAUGGGCGCCUAUAUGCCUCGGAGAACCACCAGGAGAUUUUGAAAGACAAGAAGCUGAUCAAGGCCCUGUUUGACGUACUGGCCCAUCCCCAGAACUACUUCAAGUACACAGCCCAGGAGUCCAAGGAGAUGUUCCCACGGUCCUUCAUCAAACUGCUGCGCUCCAAAGUGUCUCGGUUCCUGCGGCCCUACAAAUAACCGGCGGGGAGUGGCCCUGCCUGGGGCUGGCCUGGUCCAUGGAGGGGGCACCUGCCCUCCACAGCGGGAGCUGCACAGGCCUCCACAUCGCCUUGGGAACCCCAUGGCACUCCCCUUCAGGGAAGCCGACCAGCCCGUGGAGACCGAGCCCAGGCACCCUUCAGACCCACCACCCCAGUGGGAGCACCCUGCUUCAGGAAGCCUCCCUCCCUCCCUCCGCCUCCUUCCUAGGACACCAAGAGCGCCCUCUCCUGAGUCCUGGCGGACCAACUGCAAGUAGCAGGAUUGCGGGACCCUCCGCCUGGCGUUUCAGGAUCCGGAAGGUGUGGUCAUCCGAGACAGGAGGCCCGGUGGAGGGAGAGGGGCCAAGGCGCCAUCGGGGGAGGUGGACGAGCCCGUGCCAGCAUUCUCGGGCCCCACGCUCUGCCAACUCCUCCAACCACAGGCAAGGCCACCGCUCCAGGCUGUUGGGCUCCCAGGAUUCUGUGAUGGGGCAGAACAGAGCUGCUAGGGGAGGAGACUGUAGGUUUCUGCUUUCCUUCGACAGAACAUUUAAUGAAGUACUCUCUCUGUAUAUAUAAAUAUAAAUAUAAAAUAUAUAUAUAUAUACUUCUAUUUGUGGGUACUUUAGGAAAAUGCUCUUUGGUCACUGUAAACAUGAAUCGUGACCCCAUCCCUUCCCACAUGAGCCCAGUGAGUCCCAGCAGCUCUAAGGCUCCCUGGAUGAUUAAACAACUCCUCCCAGC